ACUAGUGACAGUUGAAUCAAUUGGGAGAAAGAAUUAAACUUAAACCAUGGUUGAAACAAUCUUUAACCUGAGUUAACAAAGUCUUAUCUAUUCCGAAUAUAAAAAUGUGUUGGUACAGCUAACAUCGACAUGUUUUGUUUAACUAAGAACUCACCAUUUGAUAUUUAUGCUGUCAAGUUACUCAAUAAAAUAUUUGACAAUGAUAGAGAGGAAGACUCGAAGUCAAUGAUCUUUAUGCUAUAUAAUCUUGAAGGACUAUGAGCUUUUUCCUCACCAUUCAAUCUCACUCACAAUUAGCAAAUUGAAAUCAAAUAUACAACAAAAUGUGUGACUGUAAAGCUGCACUUGCCUGCGCUCGUGAUAACUUGCUUCCACUAGCCCGUGAUCAUUUGCUUCCACUCUUGAAGGAAGCAUUCAACAUGAUUAGGGGUGUCCCAAAAGAAAUUGCAGAAUUGAAAGAUGAACUUGAAAGCAUUGAAGACUUCAUCAACGAUGCGGAUAGAAGAUCUGAUGAUGUAGAAGACAAGAAAAUCAAAGACAUGACGAAGCAGCUGAUAGAAACAUCUUUUCACAUAGAAGAUGUCAUUGAUGAUUAUAUCUUCCUUGAGGAACAUCAAUCUUCUGAACCUGGAUGUGCUGCUGCUGUUGACUUGCUCAAAACUACAAAACUACGUCUCCAAAUUGCUUAUAAGAUUCAGAACAUCAAUUCCCAAAUUAGGGAAAUAAAAGAAACAAGUGAAAAGGAUCAUGACUUCGACAUCCAAUCUUCUUUGGAUAAAGCAUCAAGUAGUUCUGCAACAAACAGAAAUGCCUCAUUAUUUCAGAACCUUCGAGAUGCUCCACUUUACAUGGAUGAUGCUGAUGCGGUAGGAUUUGAUGUGUCAAGAGACAAAUUGAUUGAUUUGUUGGUAGAGGGAAGAGCACACCGCACAGUUGUCUCCAUUGUUGGAAUGGGAGGACUGGGAAAAACCACUCUAGCCAAGAAAGUUUUUGACAACCAAAAGGUCGUUAAACACUUUGAUUGUCGUUUAUGGAUCACGGUUUCUCGACCAUAUAAUAAAGAAAAAUUGCUGAAGGACAUACUGCAACAAGGGAAAUGUCCUCCUCAAAGUCUUCAUCAAAUGGAUGGAAAGUUAUUAGUUGAUGAAGUGAGAAACUACUUGCAAGGAAAAAGGUACGUUGUAGUGUUUGAUGAUGUAUGGGACUCACAUUUUUGGAAUGAUAUUGAAUUUUCUAUGAUUGAUAACAAAAAUGGUUGUAAGAUAUUAAUCACAACAAGAAACGAGGAUGUUGCAGAUGCUUGUAAGAAAUCUUCUUUUGUUGAAGUGCAUAAACUUGAAGGUUUAAGUGAAGAAAAAUCUUUAGAAUUGUUCAAUAAGAAGGCGUUCCAUGACUUGAGCGGAUAUUGUCCAGAAAAUCUUAUUGAUAUAUCUUCCAAAAUUGUUGAAAAAUGCAAUGGAUUACCACUCGCAAUUGUAGUCAUUGGUGGUAUUUUAGCUUGCAAAGAUAGGAAUCCAAUUGAAUGGUCUAAGUUUAGUGAAAAUAUAAAUGCAGAUCAGUCAAAGGAAUAUUCCAUGAUAAAAAAAAUUCUAGGACUUAGUUACCAUGAUUUGCCUUGCAACCUCAAGUCAUGUUUCUUGUACUUUGGAUUAUAUCCUGAAGACUCAAAUGUUCGUUCAAAUAUAUUGACUCGUCAAUGGAUUGCUGAAGGGUUUGUGAAAGAAGAAAGGGGAAUGACAUUGGAAGAGGUUGCAGAAGGACAUUUAAUAGAGUUGAUCCGUAGAAGUUUGGUGCGAGUAGAUGGGAUCACUAUUGAUGGAAGAGUAGACAGUUGCCGUGUUCAUGAUCUAGUGCAUGCAAUGAUCCUUAAUAAACAUGAGGAUUUAAGCUUUUGCAAGAGUAUUACCGAGGACAGACAAUUGCCUUCAACUGGAAUGAUUCGACGCCUAUCAAUAGCAUCAAGUUCUGAUAAUCUAAUGGAAGGUAUUGAAAGCUCACAUGUUCGAUCGCUGCUAGUUCUCGAACCUAAAACAUUACUUAAAUCCUUUGUAAGGACGAUCCCUACAAAAUAUAGGUGGUUGAAGGUGCUUACUUUAAGCUCAAACCAACAUGAAAUUCCUCAUGAUUUAGGAAGUUUGAACCACUUGAAAUAUUUUUGGUUCAGGGGGAAUGGAGAAAGAAAUUCUGAACUUCCAAAAUCCAUUGGCAUGCUUGUGAACCUAGAGACUUUGGAUUUAAGAGAAACAGAGUUUAAAAAUCGUAAUAUGCCGAAGGAGAUUUGCAAGCUUAGAAAGCUACGCCAUUUUUUAGGCUAUCGUAUGUCUUUGAUUGAGUUGAAGGAUGGUAUUGGAGGCAUGACAUCCCUACAAACUCUAAAUGAGGUUUAUUUAUAUGAUCAUGAAGAUGAAAAUGAUAAUAGAGUCGUAGAGCUAAUUGAAGAGCUAGGAAAACUAAAGCAGCUAAGGGAAUUGGGCUUGGCCGGUGUUAGGAGUAAAUAUAUGAGUGCUAUAUCUUCUUCAAUCAAUAAGAUGCAACAACUGGAGAAACUAAAUAUUAGUGGAGUCGAAUAUGAGACAUUCAUUGAUCUGGAUUUGAAUUCACCCCCACCUAUGCUUCAACAUAUUGGACUCUACGGGAAUUUAAAGAAGUUUCCUGAGUGGAUUCCAAAACUCACAAACCUUGUUGACAUGAAGGUGAGACUUACGAAGGAGGAAGGGAACGAUGCAAUGAAAUUACUCCAAAGUAUGCCAAACUUGUUGUCCCUCCAUAUCUCUGGUGGUAAUUAUGAAGACAAAUUGGAAAGGUUACAUUUUCAAGUUGGAUUUAAGAAUUUAAAGGAACUGUCGAUUGAUCAUUUCAAUAACUUGAGUCACAUCCUUAUUGACGAAGGUGCGUUGAGUUCUCUGAAAAAACUCACUUUAUACGGCAACCCCCAACUGACGAGUUUACCAACUGGCAUUCAACACUUACAAAAGCUUGAAGUUCUCUGGCUUGCUGAUAUGAGUGUGGAACUUAUACAGAGCAUUGCUCCUGAUAAAGGAAAAGAGCAUUGGAUCUUCAAGCAAGUGCCCUUUGUAGAAAUUGACUAAUUGAGAGAUAAAGGUGAUGGCCAUUAGUGAAUUUGAGAUUCACAUUUCUUCAAGUGGACUUUUAUAUCUGCAUUGCUUCUUUUGGCACUUCCCUUCCCCAGUAAGAAAGAAUGUGUUUCAUUGUUAUUAUACCUACUUUGUUAUUUUAUUCAAGAAAAUUGUGUUGUUUAUGAUUUAUGAUGAUAUAUGUUCUGAGAUCUUUCCUUUCAAUGAUUGUAAUAAAAAGAAAUUUUAUUUGUUUGUAGUUUUUACUUAUCAUGGGAGCUCAAAUCC